AAAGCGGCGUACAUAAUGUCUGUGAGUUGGAACAAAACAUUGGCCCGACUGGGGCUCCUACCUCUGCUGCUGUUGGUGCUUGCCAUUGGCCAAGGUCAGGGCUGUGAAGUGCAGAGCUCGGCGGCGGCAGCAGCAGCCACCAAGGAUUGGUGGGAGACGGCGCAGUUCUAUCAGAUCUAUCCGCGAUCAUUCAAGGAUUCGGAUGGAGAUGGCAUUGGGGAUCUGAAUGGCAUCACCAGCAAGCUGGAAUAUCUCAAGGAUCUGGGCGUCACGGCCGCCUGGCUGUCGCCCAUCUUUGCCUCGCCCAUGGUGGACUUUGGCUACGACAUUUCCGACUUUUUCGACAUUCAACCGGAGUAUGGAACACUCGAGGACUUCCGUGCUUUGAUCAAGAAAGCAAAUGAAUUGGAUCUGAAGAUCAUUCUGGACUUUGUGCCCAAUCAUUCGAGUGAUGAGAAUGAAUGGUUCAAGAAGUCAGUGAAGCGGGAGCGAGGCUACGAGGACUACUACGUGUGGCACGAUGGCAAGGUGAAUGCCGCAACGGGAGAGCGUGAGCCACCGUCCAACUGGCUGCAGUAUUUCCGUGGCAGUGCCUGGGAGUGGAACGAGGAGCGGCAGCAGUAUUAUCUCCAUCAGUUUGCGGUGCAGCAGCCUGAUCUCAACUACCGCAAUCCCGAUGUGGUGGCACAGAUGAAGCGAGUGCUGCGGUAUUGGCUGAACGAGGGCGUUGCUGGCUUCCGCUGCGAUGCACUGCCGCCGCUGUUUGAGGUGCUGCCCGAUGCGGAGGGUCAGUAUCCCGAUGAGGCUGUGAGUGGACUCACCGAGGACAAGGAUGAUCGCGACUAUCUGACCACAACGUACAUUGAGAACAGGCCAGAGACCGUGGACAUGGUGUACCAGUGGCGCACGGUUCUGGACGAUCACAAGCGCAUCUUCGGUGGCAAUUCGAGUGUUCUGCUCAUUGAGACGUACACAGCGGCCUGGUUCACCAUGCAGUUCUAUGGCAAUCGCACGACGGAGGGCGCUCAUUUGCCCUUCAACUUUAACCUGAUUACGGUGAUCGAUCAGAAGGGUCUCAGUGCGCAGUCCGUGCAGGAGGCAAUCGACUUGUGGCUGCAGAAUAUGCCAGCUGGACGCACGCCCAAUUGGGUGCUGGGCAACCACGACAAGCGACGUGCUGCCAGCCGCUACGGUGUGGAUCACAUUGAUGGCAUGAACAUGCUGGUGAUGAUACUGCCCGGGGCAAGUGUGACCUACCAGGGUGAGGAGAUUGGCAUGACGGAUGGCGAGAUCAGCUGGGAGGACACUGUCGAUCCGUGGGGUUGCAACUCCAAUGCGGAUAUCUACGAGAUGUACACUCGGGAUCCCGAGCGAACGCCAUUCCAGUGGACGAGCGGCACAAAUGCGGGAUUCACCGAUGGACCCACCACCUGGCUGCCACUGGCAGGGGACUUUGCCACAGUCAAUGUGGAAACGGAGCUGGCGGCGCAGCAUUCCCAUUUGAAGAUCUACAAGGAGCUGGUGGCGCUGCGUAAAUAUUCAAAGACGCUGCAGAAUGGCUCCACCAAGUAUGUGGCAAUGACCAAGGACAUAUUUGUGGUGCGACGCUCGCUGGCCAACUCCCCCACCAUUGUGGCUGUCAUCAACUUUGGCACCGAGGCCACAACCAUUGACUUGCGGGAAUUUGACAAGAGUUUGUCGGGCAAUUUGCAGCUGCUCGUGCGCAGUUUGGCAUCCACCAAGUCAGAGGGCACCAGCUACAACGCACAAAUGCUGAGCCUGGAUGCAGCUGAGGCUUUGGUUUUGACCACCCAAUGAAACUGAUUUUGAUUUUAAUUCGUAAACAUAUUGUAUCUGUAUAUGCAGCCUAACAACAUUUAGCAUUAUUAUUAAUAUAUAUAUGUAUGUAUAUGUA